AUUACGCGAGCCGGAGAAACCUUACAGCCGUUCCUACUUGUCGGAUUCACAAUAAUGUGUAUAUUUUGCACUACAACCACGAUUCUAAGCUCAGUUACCAUAUAUAACCAUAAAGCCACUUUCAACAAGGUUGUGCUUUCCAUCACAGCAUGUAUACUUCCAUUUAUGGCUUGUGGUACUGCUUUCGGUAUCGUUUUCCUAUUGGGAGUGACAUUUUCGCCAAUUCUUAAUGUCACUCCUUUCUUGGUGAUUCUUUCCAUCACAGCUUGUGUACUUCCAUUUAUGGCUUGUGGCACCGCUUUCGGCAUCGUUUUCCUAUUGGGAGUGACAUUUUCGCCAAUUCUAAAUGUCACUCCUUUCUUGGUUUUGGCUAUUAGCGUUGACGAUGCUUUCUUGAUGGUGCACGCUUGGAACAGAAUUGAGAAGAACGAUAUAUUAGGCGCAAGACCACGACCGGAGAAGAUGGUUCAGGUAAAUUUUUAUUAUGAUUAUUGUUAUUAUAAGCAUUUAGUAAUUGUUGCCAAUAUUUAA